UAUUGGGUAUAGAAUCAAUGAUUUAUAUGAAAUGAAGUUAGUCCAUGUCCAAUCCCAUGAACUUCUGGAUUCCAUGUGCAAAGAAGUAUCAAUUUCAAAUAUUGAGCAAAGGAGGAAAGGUUGCGUUUAUAGUGCCAUCAUGCAUUCUAUCGAGAAAGGGAAUUUUGAAUUUGUUUUUGGUAUGGUCAGAACAAAUCAAAAUCUUGUUUGGUGCCGUAAUGAAAACGGGUCAUCCAUAUUUUCAUUAGCUGUUCGACAUCGUCAAGCAAAAAUCUUUAGCCUUAUACACAGGCUUGGUGUGAAGAAAACUAUGACAACUCAGAUUGAUAAAAAAGGCAACAACAUACUACAUAUGGCAGGGAUGAGAGGAGCUUCGAUUCUACUUAAUCGAAUCCCAGGUGCAGCUUUGCAGAUGCAAAGAGAACUACAAUGGUUUAAGGAGGUGGAGAGCAUUGUCCCCCCAAAGAUUAAAGAAUCUUUCAACAAUGAUCGUUUGACUCCUAGGGAAUUGUUUACAAAGAGCCACAAGAACUUGAUGAAAGAGGGAGAGCAAUGGAUGAAGGACACAUCAACUUCUUGUUCAGUGGCGAGUGCUCUCAUUAUUACUAUUAUGUUUGCUGCAGUUUUUACCGUUCCAGGCAGUAACAACCGAGAUACAGGCAUCCCAAUAUUCUUACAUGAAAAAUUUUUCAUGCUCUUUAUAAUAUCUGAUGCAUUGUCCCUCUUUUCCUCCACUACUUCAAUCUUGAUGUUUUUAGGAAUCCUAACAUCACGCUUUGCAGAAGGCGAUUUUCUUGAAUCUUUGCCAAGAAAGAUGAUCAUAGGCCUUUCCACUCUUUUCUUCUCCAUUGUAGCCAUGAUGAUAGCCUUUUCUGCCGCUUUUUUAAUUAUGUUACAAGGACAAUCAUGGACUUUCAUUCCUAUAGUUUGUUUGGCUAGUGUACCCAUUACCUUAUUUAUACUGAUGCAAUUCCCCCUUCUUGCUGACAUGUUCAUCUCAACUUACGGACCAGGCAUCGUCGAUAAGAAAAUGGAGAAGUGGGUAUAACUUUAUUCAUUUUGUUGUAUAAUUUAUAC